AUGCAUCAGAGUUUGCAGGCCGCCCUCACGGACUUGGCGGAGGGCUUGAGGGCCGUGAUCGCCCAGUACCAGAACGCUGAUGAGCAGGGCGCCAAGCAGCAGAACGCAGCAGCUGAUAAGUUGGCGCAGCUGCUGCUGGAGAAAGGGCUGGCUUACCGCGCGACGGCUGUACCCGACGACGUCGGGGUCCACCCCGACAACCGAUUCGGGAUUGGAGUGGAGUGGCACGAGGUGCACAUCUUGGCAGGCAUCAUCAUUCGGUCUGGCUGGAGCUGGUCCGAGGUGAAGGACCCAGUGGCCAUCGAGGUUGGCAACGGGGACGAGGGCUCAAAGCAGGUGCGCUUCAACGAGGAGCUCGUUGCAUCGAGCGAGGGCUAUUUGGCGAGGGCCUCGAACACUAUGAAGAUGUUGAGCAUCGCAUGCAGCAACACCAACCAGGUCCUUCGCUGCAUCUUGCACUGCACGAAGAGCUACGAGACGGAGUUCGUUAACGAGGACGGGUGCAUUAGCCAGGACGCGGUGCUCAGGGCGUACACUCGCAUCAAGGAGGCGAUGGAGACGGGUCUCACGUGGAUUGCCAUUCGAGCCGAAGUUGUCGCUGAGGUGCCAGACCUUGCAGCGUUCCUUUCCGAGUCACACACCAUUGGGCACGGAUCGCAUCGCUUGCAGAGCAAGGUUCAGACCCUGAUGCAGAUUCACGCAAAGAUGCGCAGGGUCGCGCACUUUGGCAAUGCGACGAUGCCGUCAGUGGUGCGGGACAUCGAGCGCACGCGCCCGUACCUCAAGGGGCAGGUCGAUGCCAUGGCCACGCGCGUGCAGAACUUCGGCGGAGGCAACCCGCCAGUGUUCCUGCAAGAGCUGAAGGCGUUCGCCAAAACUUUGGGGGACAACGCUCGCGACGUGGGCUCGGUCACUUUCAGUAUAUUGGGGAAGGCUCGGCUAUCGCAGGUCCACGAGUGGGUCACUGCGUGCAUGAAGGCGUCCUUGGGUGCGCCAGAGCAGUACAUGAGGGACGGCGGCGUCCGGCUCAUCACGAGCUCUGAUGUUCAGGCCGUGGAGUCUGGGAAACUUCGCAGCAUGGCUUUCGACGCCGUGGCCAAGCAUCGCUCGGCCGUGCACUACCUGAAGGAGGGCUGCAAGGUUACGGACGCCCACCUGUUCGAGCUCGACGCGCGGAUGGUCAUGACGACGUACGGCAAGAAAGCUCGUGGACGCAAGCAGUUCGACGACUUAGACUCCGUGGUGCAGCAGUUCGUCCAUGACGUGCGCGAGGUCUGGCCCGCCGCGGCGCACGUAGAGCCCCCGUGGCAAGUGACCGUGCCCGACGAGCCAAAGAUUGCCGUGGCCGCCAUGGUGCAGUACGAGUCGAGCUCGGGCUCGUCUGGCCACGUCGUGAAGACCGACAUCCUCGAGAGCAAGGGCUUCGAGCUCAAGGCGAAGGUCAAGGGCAGGAAUGGCGCGAACGUGGAGGGCACAUGGGUCAUCUUGGAACUCGGCGAGGGCAAGGAGGGCGGCACCCCUGUCACCAAGAAGCGCAAGGCAGAACACGAGCUCCAGGUUUCCGCCAGCAAGCUCGUCGACGACUUCGAAGUGAUCUCCGAGGAAGAAUCUACUGUCGUGCAGGUGGCGGGUGGCACGGCCAUCGGGCUGUUGAAUAAGGAGGUGAUGAGCGAGCUCAAGCGGGCCUUCGUCAGGGCGGCCCUCGACUCCGCAUACAGGGAGUACGCCCCCACGGUUGAGCUGACCAUCACGUUCGCGAAGUCUGGCAAGAAGGUCGUGGCCGACAAGCGGUGCGCGAAGGGCCAACUCGAACUGAUUCCGCUGACCCCGAACAUCGGGCACGGCGCAAAGAUGCCGCAGAACGGGAUUGCCGUGAACAUCAAGAUGCCAGAGGCCGAGCACGAGAUGUGGCUGCUCCAGAAGACGACCCUGCCUGGUGAGAAGACGGCGCAGUUCAUCGUGCCCUGCUGGUGCAUCCCCUCGACCCCUGACACCGCGGAGGUGAACGUGGCGUGGUCCACGGUGAGGGUGAUGGUGAGCACGUGGAGCGCCGAGUCCGAGUCCGAGCGCCAGGACGAUGUCGUGUGCGUGCUGCCUGCCAUGACCAACACGAGGGCCAUCGAGAAAGGCAGCGAGCUCUUCCAGAAGGGGCCCGACGCUGGUGCUGCGCCGAAGCGCUGA